UUUUAUGUUUCAUUUAUUUUCAGAUAUUGCGAGGUAAAGUUUUUACUAAUCGAACCCAAAAUUAAUCAAAAUUUUGAUAUAUUUUUUAAAACGUGCUGAUUGAUUUAUUCAAAAAACACGAUGUCAACUCAGCAAAUCGUUAAGCACUACGGCCCCAGAAUAAAAAUCAACUAUUGGUAUGAGAAUUUUUGUGAGAGACAAGCACAAAUGAAAGAUUUAAGAGCAAAGGCAUCAAAAGGUAAAUUAGUUGCAAAACUAACUCGUGAUCUUCUUAGUACUUUUGAGGGUAAUAUACAAAUUGGUCAAAUGCCAGCUGAAAUAUCUUAUGGUGGUAUGGUACAGUUGCAACCAUAUCUUUCACCCAAUUAUGGAUGUGAUAUAGAUAUACAGUCGGCUCUCUCUGUGACCGUAAGCGAAGAAGCUCUCAAAUUUGAUCCCAGCCAUAUCGAUUGUGAUGUGACGCUAGCACCUUGCUUUGUUUCCAAUUAUCGAAACACCUUUCGUAUUUACCCAGUCGAUAAAAGUAUUAAACUUGGUCAACCACUCAGAUAUGGACAGGCAUUCCGUUUGGUUAGCAUGGGUUUUAAUCAUAGUCGACUAGUGUAUGCAUCCCCGAAAAAACUCAAUCUCGAAUCUCAAGUACCUUCACGUUAUUCAGUGUUUAAGUCUGGAGAAAAGAAUUUAUCAGUAGGACUGUCAACACAGGAGACUUUUAAAACAGUUAACGGAUGUUUACUGGCAUAUUCCAAUUGGAUCUGUAAUGCAUUAACUCCCGAUGAACAAUACUCUCUUGAUGGUCAAGUAGUUAUGGCCACGUCUCCAAUACUCAUAAAACACUUCAUAACUAAGAAGCAUUUGGCUUCUAGUAAUAUUCUUGUUCAAACAGUUUUUGGAAUGGAAUAUGUAGUAUCAGCUCAAAAUUACUUUGAUCACUACAAGAGACCAUUAAAACAAAAUAUUUGGCGCUUCCUGAAUGGAUACAACUUCUUAAUUACUUAGGACUUGUAAAACAAAUUAAAUUUUCAACAAAUUAAUAUAGAAAAUAUGAAUUUAUAUUUAGCAGA